AGUUUCCUCGACGUGGUUGAAUUUUGCCGGCAAGAAUUUCGUCAUUUACCAUUCAUAAACCCUCUGUUCAAACCUUGACGUCUUAAAGGUAAAGACUUCUAUUACAGAAGAAUUUUCCCUCCCUUUUGUGGUGCCUUCUGUAACUACUGACGUACGUUUUCCCGUCUUUUCAGUUCUGGUUGACCGACAAAUUUUAUUAGACAUGGGUGCAUUUGCCAGCUUGUUCAAGGGUCUCUUUGGCAAGAAAGAGAUGAGAAUUCUCAUGGUUGGUCUUGAUGCCGCUGGGAAAACAACGAUUCUUUACAAGCUCAAGCUUGGUGAAAUCGUCACAACCAUCCCAACAAUUGGUAUGCAACCGCUCCGAAGGACGCCAUUUUAAAUUUCUUGUAGUUUUGAUACGAUGCCUUGAUCGAUGGUUCGAUAUGCCUUGUUCUUUUUAUUCACUGAUCCACGUCAAUUGAAAAGUACCACUUUCAAUUUUUGUUUAUAGGUUUUAACGUAGAAACAGUUGAAUACAAGAAUAUCAGUUUUACAGUGUGGGAUGUCGGCGGCCAAGACAAAAUUAGACCACUAUACGUAAACUUAAUUAACUCACUUUUCGGUUUUCUUCUUAAAGCCUGGUUUUCAUAUGUAGGGUAAAUCCCAGACGAUACGGGAUUUUACUGGAAGAGAUAUGUCAGGAAACUGUAUGGUCAUUUGACCCCUGGGUACUCCGGGUUUGAAAAUUUGCGGGCAAACCCAAAAAAAAAAUUUCAAGGGAUCAAAAUCCUUGUCAAAACUUGAAAUCCAGAGAAAAUUUAUUCGCAGAACUACGCAGCCGGGAUAUGUUGGAACUGUCAGAUCACAAAUCUUCUUCGUUUUGGUUUGCACCCAAAAAAGUCAAAAUUUCCAACCCCAAAAAUCUGGAAAAUUUCAAACCAAAAAAAACUUUGAUCAUCCCCUAAGUAACCUUUAGCAUGGCUUAAAGAACGAGAUAUAUUACAUAUUUAAUGACUCUAAAGUAGAGGCUAAAUAGCUGGGGCAAACAGACUUGGGGGUGAAAUGACUGGUUACCAUCUGCCCCAGAGGGUAUCUGGUCACCUCACCACUAAACGAACUAGGCACCAACAAAAUUGCCACCAAGAAUAGGGUCCCAAGUAUACAUAACAAAUGAAAAGAAUGAUCAUGAAAAGAAAUUUUCUCUGAACUAUUACUUAAUCAUAUUUCAAAGAAAUGACUGGUGGUUGUGAAACUUUGCUGCCAGUUUUUUAAGUGAUUGUGUGGAAGGCAUGUAUAGGUAGGUAUUCUGGGAAUUUGUGCAUCUUGCAAGAGUGUUGUGACACCUUUUUUUGUACUUUGCACAUCAAUCUCUCAAAUGAAUAUUAUACUAAGAAGCAAAAAAAAACUCAGCUGUUUUUUUUCCUGAUGGCUGGUGUUACGCAAUAAAUAAUUAUAAAGUUUAUCGAAAACUUAUUUUUGUGCUCAUUAUGAGGGUUAUGAUCGGUUGGUAAAUGAAACCAGUACUCUUAUUUCUUAACUUAGUGAUGAGAAAAAGACAACAAAUGUUGCUUGCUGGUAGGGCAAACUGUGAUCAAAGGAGACUGGCCUGAUGGGUCGCUUCACUAGCCCGGGCUAUCAGAGAGAGCUUUAGUCGAGCCCUACUUUUGUCUUUUGCGGGUCAUUUGGAAACAAUAACUAAAAGAAUUAAAUUACUAUGUCUACCAAUCGGCACUUGUUGGUCAGAUCCCAGACAAUUCUACGUCAUCAGUGGGGAAUGAUGGCGCAGAAUGGCAGAUGUGUCUCCCAUGAAACAUCCCCAGCAGCCAGGAGUGAAGAGAGAUGGCUCUAUUUGCGGGGGGGGCAUUUUGAUUUAUGUGAGGAACAGGGCUCAAAGUUAGCAACUAACUGGUCGCGUAUGCGACUGGAUUUUUGGUUGUGCGCCUAAAAAUUCAAGUGUAAGCGCACCUGUGCGCCGUAAAACCCAAAGCACAGUGUGACUGACUUACUUCCGACUAUACUUACGAACUCAAACUAGAAAGACAGUGUAUGUUUAAUUGGUCUUUUCUCCCAAUGGAUUCUACGAACUCGAAUGUUCGUUUUCAUUUUGAUGUCUUACUCCAUCCCAGACUGCUCUGUUUUGUAAUAAACACCGCUGACACAUGCAAAUAUAUGCUACGAAUGAAACACGUACUUUUUGCACAACGAACGAUCAUGUCGAACGUUCAGUUUUAAUGUCAAUCAAAACAAAAACAGUAUGGAUUAAGAGCCUUUUUUCCAGGUAAGAAAGUUUGUUAAGUCGUAUUCCAGGUACAUGUAAGUCAUUGCACAUUUAACAAAUUCAUUAUAAGAUUAAUUUUCAUUCUCGUUCGACACACUCAUUGUUGUCAGUUUUGAAUUGUUUUUCAAGUGUAAGUUUUCUUUAGUCACAACUGUACUGUCAAAAAGAGAAAUUAGUAUUAAAAAUCACAACGGUAUUACUGCGUAGCAAAUCGGCUGUGUUUUAUCAAUCACAGGACUGAAGUAAAAGUAACAAACUGAAGAUGACAAAUAAACGUGGCACUGUUAAGCUUUUUACUUUUUCUUUUGAAAUAGAUGCUCCCAACAUUAUAAGCUGCGCUCCUAAAAUUUUCAGCUGUGCGCCUAAAAUUUCGGCAGUGCGCCUAAAAAUUUACAUCUGGUAGCACAAGUGCUCCCAAACUCAAAUUUAAACUUUAAGCCCUGAGGAAAGGCUGUAGCUAAGAAGUGGAAUGAUUGGGACCAAGUGAAAACCUUUCUCGCUUCUGUAACCAAUAUUCCCGAAAGCAUAAAUUUUAGUUUUCAUGUGCCGGGAAUACUCACUGACCAUUCCCCAAAUCUGGGAUACAUCCGGAAACUAUCGAUACUUCUGACUGCCCCAAUGCCCCGACCAUCCCAGAUCACUAGGGAUAUCUACUGAUUUCAGUGUUCAUUAGUCAGCAGAAGCCGGAAUGGUUGGGAAAAAGUGAAGUUCUCAAUCUGUUUGGGAUUAUUCUCCAAUAAAACUAGCCAGGUUUUCCCUACAUUGGGAAAAUCCCAGACGAUAAACUAUUUUGCUGUUUGUAAAGGGUUUUUUUAUCGUUUGUCUCACAAUGGUCACUUAAAUAUUGAUCACAAUUUUUUGACUGCUAUGUUUAAUUGUUCUCUUGCCUGCAACAGUACCAUUAUGAUUUCCACUUAUUUAAUAGUUUACAUUUCAAAUGCUGACACUGACGUCGUCCUUAUCUCGUGUUUAGGGCUAAUCUUUGUUGUGGAUAGUAAUGAUCGUGAACGAGUUGGGGAAGCUAGGGAAGAAUUAAACAGGAUGUUAAAUGAAGAUGAACUCAGAGAUGCUAUUCUUCUCGUUUUUGCAAACAAACAGGUAAAACUGUAAAGAGGAAAAUGGAGCAGUUUCUGCAUGACAAAUGUGUGCAUUGCACAUGUAUGACUUUGUAACAUGAAUCAUAUGCACGUAUGGAUAAACAUUUACAGAAUUUUAAUAGGCAAUCUAUUAUUAGCAUGAACGUCCCUAAAGUUAAUGAAUCAUUUAAGUUUAAUUGCCUUAUGCUGAAUUAACAUGUUUUACCUAUACUGACCAUUGAAGAAGAAAUCUGCAUAGUUGUAGGGAUUAAAAACUGUUGCAUUUAAACUUCAAUAAAUUAUUGCUUUCAGCUCUCACACACUGUAGCUAAAUUAAGUGUCCUCCUUAAUUACAUAGAUGUAUUCCUUUCACUACUUAUUUUCUCUAUGUUAACAGCAAAUCACAAAAUUUCACCCUUGGGGAGUUCAAAUAAUUUUGCUUUGUUUACGCACAUGUUUUCUUGAAUUCUUCUGUGUGACUCACAGUCCUUAAUUGUUAUGUAUGUUUUUUUCAGGAUUUGCCAAAUGCCAUGAAUGCUGCCGAAAUUACUGAUAAGCUAGGCCUGCAUAGCUUACGAAAUCGUCAAUGGUACAUUCAAGCAACUUGUGCAACAAGCGGUGAUGGUUUAUAUGAAGGACUUGACUGGCUUUCUAAUCAGCUGAAAAAUGCAAAGUAACAUAACUGAAUCACAACGAAAUAAUAAUAGGUAGAAGGUUACUCUGGCCGUGAAAACUCCAAAGUUCCUUACGUCAAAGAAAAAUUACAGUCCUUACUUUAUUUUCUGAGCAGAUUACAUGUAUGUUAUUUUACUGGCCCCGAAUGUUCAAAAGUUGGAUAGCGCCCUCCACUGGGGAAGUCACUACCUAGUGGAUGAAUAGUGGGACAAACAGUUGCACUAUCCACUGGAAAGAAAUUCAUCCAUUAGAUAGUGUUAUCCACCUUAUGAACAACUGCGGCCUGAUGUUUUGUGUUGUUAAUUGGUUUGAGAGUUCACAACACGAGGCUUUCAAGUUUUAGUUAGUUUUUUUGUCAGAUAUGUACAGUACAAGGCAAGGUUCCUUUUAAGCCCCAAAAGUGAUUGACAUCGAUUUUUGUACUAACAGUGUUAAUACAUAACCAAAAGAAAAGGUCAAGAGUGCUAAUAAAAUGGUCGCAAAGAGGAAAAAUGCUUUGAUCUUUCAUUAAAAUAAUUAUCUGAACUAAUUCUGUAAGAAAAUGUAUGGAGAUCAGUCUGGAGAUUUUGUUUGUGGAUGUUGGGACUUAAAAGACUGAGCCAACUUCUGCCAUCAGGAGUUGGCCACCAAAUUUAGGUACUGUUUAAAGAGUGAGGAGGAGUGUAUUAUCAGGUUUAAAAACUGAAGCCGAGAGUUUUAACACCUGAUAAUACACGACUGCGAGUCUCUCGAAUGGCUUCAAAAUCUCUGAUAUAGAUCAACUCAUUCUUGGGGUUAUAUUUAUAUUUGGGAUUAUUUUGGUCUAAAAAAUCAGUCGUAAAGUUAAGUCGCGUCUAUCAGAGAUAAAGACACUCAUUAAAGAUUAACUUCUUUUGUUUUUUCUGUAUGAAUUAUUAACGAGUUUUUGAAUGAAAUGUAAAGGACCAUUUCAGUAACAAAGCAAAUAUGUGAGAUGGAACAGCUGAAAAAAAAAAUCAAAAUUGCGGCCUGUUAGUUCUUCAGAGUUAACCUUUCAAGUGACAAGAGUGAGCAACAUCAAAUUUCUCCUUUUAUUAUACAUUGUAAUCACUAUCUGUCUUCUCAUUGGCUAAGAGCCUACAGUUAAUUUCAGAAAUCAGCGCAACCUACAGAUUAGUAGCAGAUAACUUACUAAACUGUAGGUUCUGCACACAUUCCAUUUUUCUAAGAGUAAUGUCAAACUGUGUUGCAAGCGGUGCUGUGUUUUUUCCUUAUUUUGUUCAAAGCAGUGUAUAAUAAAACAAUAGUUAUCACUGAAUUCGGGUUUUGUGAUAUGCUAAAUAAUCCAGGUCUUGGUAAGUAUCUUCAGCCUCAGCCUUCAGCUCAGCUGAUAACACUUACCUUAACCGUGGUUAGAAGAAAAGGUUAGGAGAACUUAAAGGGAAAAUGCUUUGAUCUUUUUUUUUUUCAAAUCUCUCAACCAAUUCAUUCAAUGUAUUGAGGCCAGUUUGGAGAAUUAAUAUCUGUGGUUUGUGGUUUGUAACUUUUUCAUUUUAAAAGAUUUUUGUCAUUUAAAAGCCAUUUCUUUGCACAGCCUUACAUAAUUACUUGGCAUCUAGUAAUAUAUUGGCAGACUAAUCAAAGCAGACAAAACAGAGAAAAGGAAGUUUUUUUGAAAUUUUGUGUGGUUUGCAUUUUCUAUGUUCCAUUUUCUAGCAGCUUUAUAAACUCUCCUGAUGACCUAACCCUUUGAUAACUGGAGGCACCAAGUGAUAUCAAGCUAUGAGUUAUCUCCUGCCACCAUAGUUUAUGAUUAAGUAGUAGAGGAAUUUCCUGACAUUUCUCAAGACAAUUGACCACUACAGAAAACACUGUAACAUACCAUAAUGCUCUUUGUUUGUCAUCCCAAAAUUUUGCAUAAGCAUUGUCUUCAGUUUCCCUUGGGAGUUAAAACAUGGACAUUAAUUUUGAAGCUAUUCCUACAACUCUUUCAAAAUUAUUGUUGUUUGGAGAACAAAUGUGAGAUUUUCACAGCAGUCUGAUGCUGUAUGUACAGUACUAUAAACACCAUGAUGAGUGAAAAAUCCUGCGUAGGAAUUAUGGCUUGAUUUUCUUGCCUAAAGUUUAAACACUGGAUCAUGGCUUUUUGUGCUGGGUUAUUUCAGUAGAUUCUCUUUUGUCUACAGCAAUUUAGGAUAACAAUGACUGAACAUUAAAUUUACAUUAUUUUUCAAAUGUAUGGCAAAGUCAUUUUAUUAUUCUUUGCAAGGAAUUAAUGUUAAUGUUUAAGGUAAAAUCAGAUUGAAAUCUGAAAAACAUUACAAUGUUCAUUUACUUGAGAUGCUUACCGCAACGUUUUCUGUUUUUUGACACGGCACAUAAAAAUGUUCCAAGCGCUAAAACUAUGCUUUCUCCUCGUACCACUCCUGAGAAAUCCUGCUGUAGCUGGCGUUUUUCAUGGGGUGAGAGAGAAUGGGGCGGGAAGCUCACGUAGCUUAUAUGUGCGCCCGAACAGAACCACCAGCUACGCAGUUAAUGUUUUCUUUUUUUAGCUCGUGAAUAAAAUUUUGUUUGUCUCGCGAUUUGCAAAGAAAAAUUUGCUGCAAAAUUUUGUACACAAAGAUUCACUCCACUUAGGUAGAAUCAGUGUUGAGAAAGUGGUUGUGAUACCGGUGGGACACGGUGUAGGAAUUACUUCAUCAGCCACAUAAGAGCGGUUGUGGCUGAAACGUAGCCUGCGUGGCCGGCGUUGAAAGGGGAAGGGGAAGAGGGAAUUUGGGCGCGCGAGAGAGCGUGUGGGGCGCCCUAAUUCCCUUCCCCUUCCCUUUCGAACGCCUGCCACGCAGGCUAACUGAAACGAGGAACAGGAACUGCGGCUUUCCUGAGAAGCGCGAGAGCUGGAGACAAGUGAGCUCUCCUCUUCCCAACACUCCUUUCGCCCCCGCUUUUCUUAACAAUUAACCUAUUAAAAUACCGUAAAUGACCAAAUGAACGCCUCUUAUCUAAAGCCCCAAACGGACGCAACAUUGUGACCAACAGCUCCCAACAUUGUUGGAUGUUACAUGUGUAUUUGCGUCUGUUUGCACGUAGCUUGAUAAACGCUCCCUUUAGGCUGUAAAACUUUAAUUAGAUGCCCCUCUCUACUAAACGCCCCCUGUCUAAUAGACGCCCCCUAUGAGAAUUACUCCAAAAUCCUAUGAAGCAGCACAGGGCACCCGCACAAUGUGUGUGGGCUCCUUGUGAUUUACCGUUAGUAUUCCCUAUAAAUAAAUAUUAAACUAGGGUAUCUAAAAGAUAGUAAUGCUGCGGCACAUUCUGUUGAUACGGGCAUUAGUUAAGCAGUGAGAAUUAAAAGAAUCGAAAAUGACAUUGAAUGUCCUAUUUACAUGUAUAAUUAAUAUCAGUCUAUAGAAAGAACUCGUGGGAACGUUGUUUAGAAAAUGAUCAAGUGGUUAUCAACUCUGGUUUUCCCACAGUAAAUUGUAGGAAAUAAUAGAAAUUCAGAUUGUUUAUCCAUAUAUUUAAUAUACGGUGCACGAUAUUUCUCUGGAAACACAAUACUUUUCUUGCUGUUUGUUGCACUUUAUUAAGUAACAGUUAUUUAGCUAUAUAUUUAUAGAAAACAACAACACAAAAAACGGAAAAAAAGGAAGUAGGAAUAACUAAGUCGGUAGGACUCGAACCCGGCACCUUCGACUCGACGCGACUACACCUAACCACUACACCACAGAGGCUGAUUACAAAGUCAUCAGGAAAAGUCUUUCACUUUAUUCCUUUUCCUUGAAACUUCCGCCGGCAAGAUGAUCGCCGCAUUAACCGAGCUUUUAACAGUGAAUAUACAAUGUAAACGCAUAUUCCAAGGCAAUAAAUGAAUGAAAGAACAUAAUUAUGCUUUUCAAAACGCCGAUACACGUCCUCGUCUGCAAAGUAGGACACAAAACAUAUGCUUUGUUAUCUCGAUUUCCGCUGUUAUUUUGAAGCGAAUGGUCCAAAUCACAUCCAUUUUCGGCUCAUACAGUUUCUUAAGAAUAGCAUUGCAUGACAUUUUCUCACUUUCACAUCACCUUCUAGCCAGCUGGAAUUUGUAUAUCCCCCGUGUUGCGGAGUCGAAGAGCAAAUGCUCAUCUUCUCGUCACGGUUUAACACCUGGACGAGUCAAAGGCUCUUGAAUUGAAAUCCAAUCCCCAAGUUAACCAUCGUACUCAUCUGAAAGACUCCUGCGUGUCUUAAAAUUUGGUGAGACCUCUAACCGUGCUGUAGAAAAUUUGUCACAAAGAAAACUCUAAGUCUGUGCAGCUAACGAUGCACUCUCUCACCCACCGAACUUCCCCGUGUUUUUAUUUGAGUUGUUAGUGGCGCAAUGCACUCUGGUUAAAUGCAAUGCAUUGUGGUAAAAAGUGUGGUUAAAUGCAAUGCAUUGUGGUAAAAAGUGAUGAAUUCGAGAAUUCGUCGCCCCUUAUAUAUUUCCUUUAAAUCCUGAUUAUGUUGCUGCUCGCUCCCUUCGGUCGCUCCGCAGCAAUAAACGUUGAAUUGCCUUAACUGUGGUAUAUUGUCGUCCUUUUGCCUCACAAGCGGUUUUUGGAGCAAUUUUGAAGAAUUCCUAAUAAUGUUCCUAAUAAUAGAACGACAAGGGAGGAAUCCUUUUUUAGAAAGGGCUCCCGCGCCGGAGCGAUUUUCCCCCAGAAAAUCGUAUCGCUCCUCUUUCAAACUUCGCAGCGUUAAAAGAUUCACGCUUCUCCUCGUACCUUUCGAUUGAAAAUCCAUCCAAAAGGUCCUGAGCUAGCCCUCGAAGAAAAUUAAAAUCCCACUGUUAAGUUUUUGAACAAAAUAGAAAAACUACCGUAAAAUUCCGAAAAUAAGUCCCUCCACGUAUAAGCCCCUCCACAUAUAAGUCCCCCAAACCAGUAACUCAAAAAACCCUCCGUUAAAUCGCCCCUCCAAAUAUAAGUCCCCCGAGGGCUUAUACUUGGAAAAUUGCUGUCAAAUACAAAGUAAAACAAAGCAAAAACGUUAAAUUUACUUCCAACUAUAAGGCUAGCCCCAAUCGAUUUUGAAACGCAAAUUUCCCUCCGUAGAUAAGCCCCUCCGUAGAUAAGCCCCUCCGAAUAUAAGCCCCUCCAAAAAUAAGCCCCCCAAAAAGGGCCUUUGAAAAAUAUAUGCCCAGGGGCUUAUUUUCGGAAUUUUACGGUAUCAAGGCAAAAAGGGAAUAAAGGUAUGCGGUUCCAAUAUUUUGGCUAACAAAAUUAGCCUUCAUUAGGGCCAGAGCUACACUCUAGUGAUAGGCAGAAAAAGACAAUAGGCGAAAAGUGCAGUCUUCCAAAAACAACAUUAUAAGGGUCGACAUACGGUGCUAUCGGUAUUUUCCUUGAAAUUCUUCCAUUGUCUUUUUACUUCUGCAGCUCAAGCUCAGUUGAACUGAACAGCUUGGUAUUCCUGUGGUACAACCCGUGACUUCUCAUACGGCAUGCAUACCUAAGAGGUCGCCUCCAUUUCCUCCGUAACAAGCGUCGGGUAGAACGUCAACUUUGCUAGUCAUGGGUGCUUUCGCUAGCUUGUUCAAGGGUCUUUUUAGCAAGAAGGAGAUGAGAAUUCUCAUGGUUGGUCUUGAUGCCGCCGGGAAAACGACGAUUCUUUACAAGUUGAAGCUUGGUGAAAUCGUUACAACCAUCCCAACAAUUGGUAAGUUAACGUUAUGUUACUCUUCGGGGGUUAUUCCACGGAUCAUGUUAUUAUAUCAGUCAUGUAACACGUUUGUCAACUUUUGUUUGCAGGAUUUAACGUAGAAACAGUUGAAUACAAGAACAUUAGUUUUACAGUGUGGGAUGUCGGAGGCCAGGACAAAAUUAGACCACUUUGGCGACACUACUUCCAAAACACCCAAGGUAGUAAAAUAUAGUUUACGACCAUUAUUUCUUUGAUUCGCUUUGUACUUUGCAUUUAGUAGCUCAUUUUUGCGAAUUGGCAGAUAAGCACUCUUGUAUGUAUUGUUUAGGUCUAAUAUUCGUUGUGGAUAGCAAUGAUCGUGAACGAGUGGCAGAAGCAAGGGAAGAAUUAAGCAGAAUGUUGAAUGAAGAUGAACUCAGAGAUGCUGUUCUUCUCGUAUUUGCCAACAAACAGGUACAAAAUUAUCAAGAAAAAACCUAAAACUACAACAAACGAUAUCAUAAAAAUGUCGAAUCCUGUUCCUUUAAUGUUUUAUUAUAUCAACUGUUUAAUGUUCCUCCACUACCCUAUUUAUUAAAGAGCAAGAGGUUACGAGGGAUAUUCAUACAAAGUUCAUUUCUGAUGGAUUCUAACCUUCGUCCGGAAUUUUUUUUUAAUGGAUCUUGUCUUGCAGCCAAGUGUUUUCAUUAAUUACAUAUGGCAAUAAGGAAUAAAUACAUAAGUCGUAUAAACAAUUACUGCUGGUUUGUACAUAAUGUCACGUCGGCAAUGUUGGAGGUCAAGGACAAAAGCUUUUCCCUCCCCUGGGAACUAACUCUAUUUUCAUGUAAAUUCUUUGAGAAAAAAUUCUAUUCGUAUAGACCCCCUUGUCGCGUGGUUGCAAGCCAAGAAUUAUUAUAUAGUCAAACCUCCAUAUGUGACCACCUCCUAUAAGCGACCACCUAUCCCUAUCCAAAACACCAAGACUUUCCCAGUCAAAGCCUUCCAGUUGGAACCUCUUGUCAACGACCACCUCCUGUAAGGAACCGCGAGCAUUAUCUGGGGUUUAUGGUUUAAUGACUUUCCACCUUUUUAACGUCUUGUAAGUGACCACAUGAUGAUUUGUCUGAUCUCUUAUGUUCGCAGUGUGUACUAUGCUACUUUGAAUUAUAUACAAAGAAUUUUAGAAUCAACGUGGAACUCCACAUGAAAUUGCAUGCAAUUAAUUAUUAACCAUAAAGAUGAUGUGUCCAAACGUCUUCUCGGAAAAUACCCCUGUGGUUAGAUUCUUGUAAGCGACCACUAGGUCUUCGCAUCUUGGGUGGUCGCUUACAGGAGGUUCGACUGUACUAGUAAUGAUAAUCAUAAAGACAUCAGUGUUCUCUGCACAGUUGCAUGCCUAGGGACCCUCCUGCUGGAAAAUAGGGGUCCUCAAAGAUACUUCAGGGGGACAAAGUUAGUUUAAUUGGACAGUGCAAAAUGCAGACUGCAGAUGAUUGUUUUCAGAGUUAGAAAACAAUGGUACUAUAGUUGUCAUGUUCUCAUUUGCAUGGUGAAAACAAUGGUCUGCAGCAGUCUGCCAUCUGCAUUUUGUACUGACUGUUAUUCUAAUCUACUCUACUCUUGUCUGUUAUCAGUGAACAUCAAGAACAAGAGCCCACGAUCUUAAUAGUCUGUAGUCAGUGCGCUAUGAGUGACCCUAACAAUGUUUUUGUUCAACCUUUUUGGAACAGCAGUGGUAUCAUUAUGCUUACAUUAUUUAUUAUUAUUCUUUUUUAGGACUUACCAAAUGCAAUGAAUGCAGCUGAAAUAACGGACAAAUUAGGCUUGCAUAGCUUAAGAAACCGUUCGUGGUACAUCCAAGCAACGUGUGCAACAAGCGGAGAUGGAUUAUAUGAAGGUCUUGAUUGGCUUUCCAAUGAGUUGAAAAAGAGAAAAAACUAAAAGUAAAAGUUAGAAAAAGUUUAUAUGCAACAAGAUACAUUUGGGAAUGGCCAUUGGGCUGAAAACAGUGAAAACAUUCAUUGACACUAAAACAACUGUGGUUGUAGCCUGUUCCAGGGUCUUAGAUAGUGGGGAUGACGCAUAAGUAAAACACACUUGAAAGUAUGAGUGCGUGAUAUGGGAAAAGGGAGCAGUGGUGGGAAAAAGAAAGGAUGUGACCUUUCCCGCCCUUCCUCUUCCCAGUUUCCUCCUGUUUUAUUUUCAUGUUUGCGCCUUCUCAAUUUCGUAGACCCAAUUAUCUCAGAGCCUGGAACAGGCCACUGUGAUUUCUCUCAUUAUUACUUUCAAUUUCAUGUAUGUAAGCCAUCCAUUUUCUUACAUUGUACUUAGAGAUUGUUCUGUUUGUGUACUUUUGUGACGCACUGUACUUGUGGACAAUUUAUUUCAAAAAGAUCGAAUGGAUGUUUAUGUGAUGUUGAGUAAAAAUAAUUAUUCAAAACCAGUUUUGGGCAAUCUUUCAACUCUUAAGAACAUUUGGUUCAUUGCAGUGUUGUGAGAGUGUUAAAGCUAAU